CACCAGCCUCGGAAUGUCAUUGAAACCAAUCUGCCCGAAACGGGGCGGGCCGGUUCCCAUGGUGGAUGGACCGAGGCCCCCUGGGUUGGGAUCGGAAAUGAGCGACGCUGGGCGCAGGCAGAGAGGAAUUGGUAAUCCGGCAGGAUCGCAGGCCGAGGGCGAGAGACAGCCCGCCAACGCCGCCGAUGGAUGCCGUGCUGAGCUUCCAGCUGUCUCGGACAACGGCAGUUGGUCGAGGAGCAGGCGCAGUGCAUGCCGCUAUGUCGUUAGUGAGCCGUAACAGGUAACCAACUCGAGAAGGGGAUGAGGAUCAGUAAUGCGGAUUACGCAGGAAAGAUCAACUGAAAGGCCAGACCCUGUACCGCUCUCUAAGGGCGACCUGUGAUGUAUGUACUGUACCUUACAUCUCAUACCCUCCUUCACUGGACGGAUCCGUACUGAUGCCAGUGAAUCAGAAUUCUUG